AUGCGCCUGUACCCGGACCUUAACCAGCUUUCCGCGGGGGAGCGCGUGCAGCAGCGCGUGAAGCGCAUGGGCGGCGACGUCCGGCAGCUAGUGGAGCAGCUGUGGGCGGAGGUGGAGGACAUGGAGCGCACGCGCAUGCAGACCCGGGCGGCACGGGCGGCAGGAACCGGGGGAGGAAGGAGCGGGGAAGCUUCCUCCGGGGUGGUUUCCUCUGGUGGUGGAGCGGGUAGUUCCGCCGUUACAUCUCCAGUUACAUAUGCCGUUUCAUCUUCCGACGCCAGAACUGUAACCCGCCCUGCGAAACCGAAGAGACCUGCCCCGCCCCUUGUUGCGCCGCCUGGCCACCCAGCGCGAGCCGCCGCCCAAUCCCUCGCUGCUCCCCCCGGUGGAACUUCACAAACGGACAAAAGCACCCGCCCUGCUGCGGUCCCGGUUGUGAUUCGGGCAGUACGACCGUCCCAGAUGUAUGGAGAGGCCGGGGUUAAAGACACGCUUCCCCCUGAAUUCAGAGGGGUGGGUGCAAUCAUAGAACCAGGCGUGAAAGUGAAGGCGAAGGUGCAAGAGAGGGAGGAAGUUCUGCCGUCGUUACAGAGGCCAGCGGGGUCUGGGCGGUUUGAUAAUGCUGCAGAGGCGAGCAAGGUCUCUUCUGACAAGGGCGUGCAAGGGGAGGCGAUGGGAGGAAAGGCGAAGAAGGCGAAGAAGGGGAAGAAGGGGAACAAGGGGAAAGAGGAGAGGGAAGAGGUGAUGCCCGUGUUGCAGAGGCCAGCAGGGUCCGUGCACGCGGUAGAGGCGAGCAGCACAGUGGUGGUUGAGAAGGGCGUGGAGGGGGAACGACCUGCAGAGAAGAAGAAGGACGAAAGGGAAGUCGUCCUGCCGGCGUUACAGAGACCAGUGGGGGGUUCAGGGGGGGCUGUGAGCGCUGACGAGGCCAGCAGGGUGCCUGUCAAGGGCACGACAGGGGAGACAAUGGAUGGGAAGACGAGGGAAAUGGCGAAAGAGGAGGAGAGGGAGCAAGUCCUGCCGGCUUUACAGAGACCAGUGGGGGGUUCAGGGGAGGCUCCUGGGACCAUCAGCAACCCCCAGGCUGUGACGCCUAUCCCCAAGGGCCUUCCCCCCGUUGUCACCCCUCCGCCUGUCGACCUGCGCCGCACCCAUCCUGAUUUCUUUCGCCCUCCCUUCCCCCCCAAACCCUGUUCUUUCCACCACUCCAGGCCUUCCAAGCCUGGGACCACCAGCAACCCCCAGGCUGUGACGCCUAUCCCCAAGGGCCUUCCCCCCGUCGUCACCCCGCCACCUGUCGACCUACCAGUCUCUCAGUCACUCACCCCUGUUCUCUCCCCCACUGCAGGCCUUCCAAGCCUCUGA